UAUUUCUUCUAUUCAUUCUUUCUUGUUACUGCUAAUUAUAUGUUGUGUACUUUCUUGAAUGUUCAAAGAUAUUAUCUUUAGAGUUUGUUGAUACUUUAUACCAGUAGUAUUAGUAUUAUUCUCAUAGUUCUUUGUUCUACAAUAUCUGUUGUUUCUUGUAUUCGAUUAUUGUAUCAUUUAGCUAUUGUUACUUUUCCUUUCUUUCAGAAUGCUAUGUAAUUUUUUUUUGGUAAGGAAAAUUGGGUAAAAUGUUUUCUUUAUUAUUUGCCAUGGCUUCUUCACUUUCCUUUUGCCUCUCUAAAUUAGUUACGACUAAUUUUGUGUUGGGUACUUUCAAGAAUGUUUGUGCUUGUUGAAUACUUGAAUAAUGGAGUGCGGAAGAAAGCUUUCUAUAGUUUCUGUUUGCACUAACUAUAAGUAAGCGUUUGGGCCAUAGAAACCAAAUAUUUUCACUUUAUUUUAAAUUUUUGAAGUUGGAGUUGAAAAUGGAGUUGUGUUUGGUUAUACUUUUUGCAAAGGAGAGGAGAGCAUUUUGUUUGGAAUUAUGAAGGAGUUAGAAAUCAGGUUAUAAGUUGUUUUUCAAAUUCGGAAUCCUACGUCAAGUUGAAUUUGAAAUUUCAUGGCCAAACACGGAUUUUUGAAUAAAGUGAAAAAUUUAUUCCGGAAAAACAUGAAUAAUUUUUUUUGCCAAACGGCUGAUAAAUGUGCAGAGAACUUAUAGCUUUAACAGUGUUCACUUUAUACUUUAGGUACUAUUUUGAAUGAAGCUCCAAAGUUGAGGGUUUUGGGUUUCUUCUCUGAGUCCAAACAGGGGGUAAAGGCAAAACUGUAAAACCUUGCCAACCACACAGCCGGAAACCGAGAUGGAAAGUAGCAGCGGGAGCACCAGCUAUGCCGGUGAGUGGAGAGCAGAGGAAGCUAUCGCCGGCAACACUGAAGCCCUUCGAGUUCUCAGAGAACUCAUUACCUACCCCCUCCUGUACUCUGCUGAAUCUCGAAAACUUGGCCUAAAGUGGCCACGUGGAUUGUUGCUAUAUGGACCUCCUGGAACUGGCAAGACAAGCUUAGUUCGAGCAGUUGUUCAAGAAUGUGGCGCCCAUUUGAUCGUAAUAAGUCCCCAUUCCGUUCACAGGGCUCAUGCUGGUGAAAGUGAGAAAAUUUUGCGGGAGGCAUUUUCUGAAGCAUCAUCUCGUGCAAAAUUAGGCAAGCCAUCGGUCAUCUUUUUGGAUGAAAUAGAUGCUCUUUGUCCUCGUAGAGAUUCUAGAAGGGAGCAAGAAAUUCGUGUAGCCUCUCAGCUCUUUAUGUUGAUGGAUUCCAUUAAAUCCUCAUCGACAUCUGUAUCACAUGUUGUGGUGGUAGCAUCAACUAAUAGGCCGGAUGCUAUUGACCCAGCUUUAAGAAGGGCUGGACGUUUUGAUGCUGAAAUUGAAGUCACAACACCUACUGAGGAAGAGCGGUUGCAUAUUCUCAAGCUUUAUACGAAGAAGCUUCAAUUGGAUGCGAGUGUUGACCUUCGAGCCGUUGCUGCAUCUUGCAAUGGUUAUGUUGGGGCAGAUUUAGAGGCUUUGUGUCGUGAAGCUGCAAUGUCUGCAGUAAGAAAGUGCUCUGAUUCAAAUCUAGACGAGGACUCCUACAGCAUUAAUAUGGAAGAUUGGAAGCAUGCAAGAGCAGUGGUUGGUCCUAGUAUAACGAGGGGUGUUACUGUUGAAAUCCCCAAGGUUUCUUGGGAAGAUAUUGGAGGGUUGAAAGACAUAAAGAAAAAGCUUCAGCAAGCUGUUGAAUGGCCUUUAAAACACUCUGAAGCAUUUGAACGGCUGGGAGUAUCACCUUCCCGUGGAAUCCUUCUUCAUGGACCACCAGGGUGCUCCAAAACAACCCUUGCAAAAGCUGCUGCUCAUGCUGCCCAAGCUUCAUUCUUUUCCUUGAGUGGUGCAGAGCUGUAUUCUAUGUAUGUUGGUGAGGGUGAAGCUUUAUUGCGCAAUGCUUUCCGAAGAGCUCGCCUUGCAGCACCAAGUAUAAUAUUCUUUGAUGAGGCUGAUGUUGUUGCAACCAAACGAGGAGGAAGUUCAAGUGGAAGCAGUACAGUUGGAGAGAGACUUCUAUCCACCCUCCUAACUGAAAUGGAUGGUUUAGAGCAGGCUAAAGGAAUUCUUGUUUUGGCUGCCACAAAUCGGCCCCACGCAAUUGAUGCUGCACUGAUGCGCCCAGGAAGAUUUGAUCUCGUUCUUUAUGUCCCCCCUCCUGACUUGGAAGCUCGAUUCGAGAUUCUCUGUGUUCAUACACGAGAUAUGAAAUUGAGAAAUGAUGUUAAUCUCAGACAAAUUGCAGAAGACACAGAGCUUUUUACUGGAGCUGAGCUGGAAGGGCUAUGCAGAGAAGCUGGAAUAGUUGCUUUGAGAGAGAACAUAUCUGCAACAGUUGUAUGUGAUCGGCACUUCCAAAUAGUCAAGAACUCGCUAAAGCCAGCACUUACCGAAGAAGAGGUGGUUUCCUAUUCUUCCUUCAUGAAGAAUCGAUCUGAAAGGUCUACUAAUUCAUUUGAAGCCAGUUCCAAAAAGAGUGACAAGCAAACCAAGAACUUGUUAGUUUUGGCCAGUCCUGUUACAAUUGGCGUCAUUAGUGUUGUAUUAUACAUUGGUGUUAGAUACUUUCUGAUGCCUACUGAAAAGUUGUCGAGGGAACUAACGAGUACAUAGCGUCCAACUAUGUUAAUUCCAGCAUAUUGCGGCAUAUGAUUAAAUUACCAAAAUUUUGAAAACAAUUUCUUAGCCAGUUGAGGCAUCCUUGGACGUGAUUUAAGUUUUGAUGCUUUUGGUUGUCUAUAA